AUGGCACGAGUAGCCGAUUCCGCCUACGCUGGCGAGGUCCUCGUCGGGGGUGCCGAGCCCCUGGCUGGGCCGAUGGGAGUGGCGCUGGCACCCGACGGCGGGCUCAUCGUGGUGGAUACCGACCAGAAUCGCAUCUUGAAAUGUCCGAACUGGCAGCUACAGGGCUUCCAGCAAGCGGCCUGCGCACUCCUGGCUGGUGGAAGCAGCAGUGGCUUCGAGGCCGAUAGGCUACGUACGCCGUACACGGCGCUUCCGGCGCAAGUUGUAGGUGAGACCUUCGGUCUCGUCGUCGCGGACACGCACAACCACCGAAUUCAGUAUUGGCCCGCAGGCGCUACCCAGGGGUACACUCUCGUGGGGGGGCCGGGCGUUGGUGCGCCGGGCUACACAGGGCCUGGUGAGCUCCAGUUUCCAGCUGGCAUCGCGCUGGAUGAGGAUGCCGGUUACCUCUACGUCUCCGACACCGGGCACCACCGGGUCGUGCGCUACACCCUCGAUGCGAACAUGCAAGUAGUGGGGGCCGGCGUCACUGUGGCCGGCACCUACGGCACGUCCGGCACGGACGCGAAUUUGCUGGACAACCCCACAGCACUUUUCCUCGAUGCACCUCGACACCGCCUUUACGUCGCAGAUGCAAGGAACAACCGAGUGAUGCUGUGGCUGCUGACUCCGUACCUUCUCGAUAGCGAGGGCAUCACCGCGAGGCGGCUGUCAUCAAUAGACUCAGACACGGACGGCAAUGAAACAGGCAACACAACAACGAGCAUCACAGAAACUACGACCUCAACUGCAACAACCUCGUCUACAUACACUUCCACGAUCUCUUCCACAAGAACGACCUCAACCACCACCUCGACGACGUCCACGAUGUAUGAAGGACCGCGAUAUCAGCUUUACAUCACGGGCCUAGUGGGACGCCCCUACGGCCUCUUUUCGCAAGAUGACGCCUGGAGUGCAGAUGAGGUGUUCCUGCCAUGCGCAUAUGAGACACUACAUCAAUGUUGA